AUGUCCACGGAUGCGGAGUACUUCGCGUACCAGAUGAAGUACGACACUGUGCACGGCCGCUUCAAGCACGACGUGAAGAUCGGUGAGAAGGACGAACUGAUCGUGAACGGCCACAAGAUCAAGUGCAUCCAAGCCAGCCGUGAGGGACCCAAGGCCUUGCCUUGGAAGGACAUGGGCGUGGAAUAUGUGAUCGAAUCCACGGGUCUCUUCGUCGAGGCUGAGAAGGCUGCUGGACACAUCGAGGCUGGUGCCAAGAAGGUCAUCAUUUCUGCCCCUGGAAAGGGUGAUUUGAAGACCUUGGUUGUCGGGGUGAACCACUCGGAGUACGACAAGGCGAACCACAACGUGGUGUCCAACGCCUCCUGCACCACCAACUGCCUGGCGCCCGUCGUCCACGUGCUGCUGAAGGAGGGCAUUGGAAUCGAGAAGGGUCUGAUGACCACCAUCCACUCCUACACUGCCACUCAGAAGACCGUGGAUGGUGUCUCUGCCAAGGACUGGCGUGGAGGACGUGCGGCGUCUUGCAACAUUAUCCCCAGCGCGACCGGAGCCGCCAAGGCGGUUGGCGAGGUCUUGCCCACCACCAAGGGCAAGUUGACCGGUAUGGCCUUCCGUGUGCCAACCCCAGACGUCUCCGUCGUGGACCUGACCUUCACGGCUGAGAAGGACACCUCCAUUGAGGAGAUCGAUAGCCUGAUGAAGAAGGCCUCGGAGACCUACAUGAAGGGCGUUCUCUCCUUCACCGAUGAGGAGUUGGUGUCCAGCGACUUCAUUCACAACGUGCAACUUGGCCCAAGGAACUCCUCCAUCUACGACUCCAAGGCUACCCUGCAGAACAACUUGAAGGGCGAGAAGCGCUUCUUCAAGAUCGUGUCCUCUGGAGAAAUCUGUGGUGCGGAUUUCUUUAUACACAUUCGAAACGUCCUCAGGUCUUGGUACGACAACGAAUGGGGCUACUCCAACCGCAUCUUGCCAUCGAAAAGUGUGGUCACCGACCAUGGAUUGAUGGGGGAUUUUCAGGCACCAGCCAUGCAAUGUUGA